UUUUUAAGAUUGGGAUAUAAAAUUACUCUAAUUUUAAGUCAGAUGUCAAGAUAUCAGUCAAAUAACUUCUAUGAGAAAGAUUACCAAUACAGAAGCACAGAUUAUAGAAAGCCGGAUGAGAGAGAAGCCACCUUCGUUCCUCCCUAUAACUCUGAGAUGGCCCGGUACAAGACUAAGACGUGUAAUUACUUGCUGAGAAAUGGUAACUGUACUCAGGGCAUCAAUUGUAUCUAUGCUCACAACAAGCUUGAACAAAGAAGGGAUUUUAAAGAGCCAAUCCCAAUAUGGGUCAAAGAUGUAUAUCAAAGAAUAUGGAGAAAGAAACAUCAAAAGAACUACAAUUUUGACUCAAAACCCAACCCUGUCUCAAAAAUGCCCAGAUUUCAAGAAGAAAGAAGAUUCAUUUCUGGAGAAGAUGAAAAGAGCAAAGAGUCUAGUGAGAUUGAAAAGAACCCUUCACAAGCCACAGACUUUCAAAACCAAGAACCAUUGAAUUAUGCUCACUCAGUCCAGACACCAAUAGCCCGAGAAACUCCUGCCCCACAAGAUAGUGACAUUACGGAUGCAUACAGGAAGCUGAAGAUUGAGAACCUAGACCUUCAGGUGACUAUUUCCAAGCUCCAUAGAGAUAAAGAGGAGCUGGAGCAGAAGCUUCAAGAAUCUUCUAAAAUUUGCAUGGAAUCUGAAUCACCUGAGACCGACACCAUCCAGGAUUUCAACAGGAUGGUGAAAGAACUGCAGGAAGAGAACUCUCAGCUCAAAAAUAGAAUCAAGGAACUUCUCAGUAAGGGAGAAAGCGAAAAUCAAUCAAGCGAUAUUUACUACAAAAUUAUUUUGCAUGCCAUAAAUGGGUUGGAAGAAGUUACUAGGAGUUAUUUAACGAAGAAGUUGAUGAACUAUCCUGUGCUAACUCCUUCACUGACAAUUGUUGAUAGACAGGAUGUGUUCAACAUCCUUGAUCAUAAACCAGAACAUCCUUACAAUAGCUUCAAGGAAUUACAGAAGGCCAAAACCUUUCCUCCAAUGAAAGAUGUUGUAGAUCUUAGGUACGAGCUCAAGAGAAUGGUCGAGGAGCAAGAAAGCAAUGAUGGAGAUGUUAAGGUAUCAGGCUCAAACACCUUGAGUGGCGACUCUGAACAGCUUUUAGAGAAAAUCAGCCAGCUCGAAUCUAGACUGAAAGAUAGAAACAAUGAAAUUAAGGGGUGCAAUAUUCAUAAAACAGAGCUUAAGAAUAAACUUUAUAAUUGUGAAUUGAAGGUCACAGAGUUAGAAGAUGAGUUGGCACUAAUUAGGAAGGGCAAUCUUAAAUUCACAAAAAAAUCAUUGAAGUCCUACACUGAAGCAGAUGUGGCUGAUUACAAAAGACAGAUCACUCAGUUGCAUGAAUCUAUUAGAAAAUACAAAAAGGAGAACACUUACUAUAAAUACCAAAUCAGUGUGCUAAAAUGGGACUUAUCUAAGCUUGGAACUACUGAUGACUCAGCCACUCAGAACAAACAGGAAAUAGCUGACCUAAAGAAAGCCCAGAAGGAGCAAGCCCAGUAUAUUUCAGAGAUGGAGCAGAAGGUAGAGUUGCUGGAAACUUUAAAACAUAAAAUACACGAAGAAAAGCAAGAAAUUGAGCAAGACCUCUCAGAUAGGAUCGUAGCUCUAGAGCAGGAUGUGGCUAGAAGGAACAAGAUCAUUGCCAACCAGAAGAAGCGUAUUGAUGGUUUAGCUAAUUCAGAGGCUUUGGAACAGAAAAAUGAAAUACUGAGUCAAAAGCACAACCAGUUGUGUGAUUCUAUUGAAGUCAUGCUUUACUGUAAAGAGACAAAUGACCCUAUGAAGACACCUUGUUUCACUCCUUCAGGGAACACUGUUGACAAGGAAGUCAUGGAAAUGUGGAUACAGGAUGGCCAAAAAGAUCCAUGGAACGGGAAACCAUGUAUAGAGGUCACCAAGAACCUCCUUGCAGAAGAUCUUGGGAUCCUUCUUGAGCAGUAUAAGGCAAAGUCUCAAGUUUAAAGUGAAAUUUAUGUUGAUUCAAUUCUAGUUUUA